AUGUCCAACGAAGGAGGAGACAUACACAGGAUCGUCGACCUUGGAAAAGAGUUUGUAGAUCUUAGUAGAGAGCCUGAAGUGAUUGGUGUUGUCCUCGAAGAAGAUGAUGCAUUGAGCGCCGGAGUGAAGGUGGAGACGGAGAGAGUGGAGGAGUCGUUGGGCGUUACUACUGAGCGCGUGCCAUGGGCGCCUAUGAGGCGUGACAAUGAAGCGACAAGGAGGGUCACACCGAUGUUGGGAGACCAGACUAUGGGGCUGUCCAGGCAAUCAAGUCGUGCACUUGGUGAGGCGAGGGAGGAACAGGAGAAGGAGGGGGUGCCUGCUGCAUGA